ACAAUCAUAAGUAUUUUACACAGAGUACACACACAUUCAAACAUUCAAUCGAGUGAUUUUCGCGGUACUGAAUACUGAGCGUCGUGAAUAGUGGAACUUAAUUUCUUGAAAAAUUUACUUUUAUAAGUCUUUACUAUUAUCCGAUUAUGUUUUAAUUCAGAGCGCAUGCAUAUCUAUACAUAUGAACGAGUGAUACUCGUAUGUUGAGUGCUCUAAUUGCAAUCACCAUUUUAUUUAUUGAUAAAUAUGCAAUAUUUCACGUUUUCGAUAACAAAUUUAUAACCGACAUUUUCGGCUCGACAUCAUUGCGUCAAACUUACAUAUGGCGCUUUGAUAAGCUGUAAUUAAAAUGGAGGAAUGCGAAGAUGUAAGUUCUGAGGAUAUAAACUAUUCUAACAGUCCCACACUUGUUAAAAUGAAACCAAAGAAGCGAUCUCUAGUUGAAAGAGAAUUAGAGACAAGCUUAACAACAAGAGUCACUUCUCCGGUCACUAAUAGUGAAACUACAAGCACUAGCCGUUAUGGCCGAGCCAGGAAACUCAAAUCUGAAUCUGAAACAAGUGAUUUGGAAAAAUCUAAUUCCAAAAUAAUUUCUCCUAAGUUUGACAAAUCACCAAACAGGCAUGUAACAGCAUACAAAAUGCACGCAUCAAAUUCACCAGUAAAAAGUGAGAACAAAUUGGAUACGCUGGAUAACCAAAUUGAAAAUAUAUACAAUGAAAACAUAUUGCUUAGUCGGUUUGGUUCUGCAGAGAAGAAGCAUACAUCCUCUGCUAAAAAACAGCCUAAGAUCUACAUACGAAAAGAUUUGAUACAAACGAAAGAAAAGGAUGAAACGGUUAUGCUAAUAAAAAACAUGUUUUCACCGACAAAGGGGACUACAAAAGCUGAAUCAAAUGAGAAAUCAGCUACAAAGAAAGGUCGUAGCAGUGCCGAUUUAUUGUCUGUUGUUAAGACGCUAGAUUUUGAUAGCAAUAAGAGAAAGAAGAAGGAUGUACAAGAAAAAAGAAUGUCACAGAGUGAUCUUUUUGACCUUGAGGCCCAAUGUCAAUACCAAGUUGGUGAUUUGGCAUGGGCCAGAAUGGGUACAUAUCCAUUUUGGCCCUGUAUGGUUACCAGAGAACCUAUAAGUUUGAUGUUUAUAAAAAAGAAAUUGUAUGGGAGAUUGGAAAAGGAUAUAAUACAUGUCACCUUUCUGGGUGAUAACGGAAGACGGAGUUGGAUAUUGGAGACAAUGCUGAGGAAAUAUCUGGGGCUGCAAGAGUUUGAGACCACCAGAGACCAGUUUUCAUCUGAGGCUAAACGAAAGGAUCCAAGGCUGUAUGCUGCAUUUUUCAUAUCUGAGAAGCGACUUCCAUAUUGGUAUAUUUCUGUAGAAGAAGCAGAGACACUCCUUAAAGAACCAAAAAGGAUCAGAAUAGAUGCUUUGAAUGCUAUGAUUGAUAAAUCUAAGCAGAAAGCAGCAACAACCAAAAGUAAAAAGAUAACCAGAACCAACAGUGAUGUGUCUCUCAGUGAAAGUUUAUAUGAUAGCUUAUUUUCAGAAGAUGAUUGUAAGAAUUCAGAUUCAGAAUCCACCAGGAGUAAGAGUAGAAAUAAAUCGUUCGAUGUCUCUGACGUUGUAACUGCGUGUCUCGACAAUAUGGCCGCCAAAACGGGAAUUACGAAAAUACAAAAACAAUCGCACAUGGACAGGUGGUUGCAAAAGGCAAAAUCAAAUACCCCAGAGAAAUCCCAGAUAAAACCGCAAAUCAAGUCUGAUAGGAAAUCUAAAUUUACUAGUAAUUCAAAAAACAUGAUAGCAAAUGAGCAAAAGAGAUACAGCUUACGUCAUUGUAACAAUGAUUCUGACAAUGAAGUAAGACUACUAUCUCAUCACACUGAGCAUGAUUACAGCCAAACUGCUCUUACAAAUGGUCAUAUAAUAAUUGAUGAAAUUGACCUCAUUGAUAGUGGAAGUAAUUUGAGUCAUGACUCUUUUGAACCAGGGAGUGGCAUUGGCGUCAUUUCAAAAGUAGAAACUCUCGCUGGUCGAGAACCUAAGAAUAAUGUAUGUGAUAGCAUAGUUUUAGGACUAGAUCGAAAUUUUGACGAGGAAAGUGCUGAAAUCGAAGUUAUAACACAUGAAGACACUAAUAUAGAAUCAUAUGACAUUAAAGAAUAUACAAAAUUAGAUCAAGAAAAAAUAACUACUGAUACCAGUAGUGAAAAAGAUACCAAUCAUGAAGACUUAGAACUACAAAGAGAAGAUAAUUUGAAUACAAAAGUAUGUAAGAAUGGAUUGGAAGGACAAAAUGAUAAAAUUAUUGUUAAUAAUUUUUCCGAUAUAGCAAAUGAUAUAGUCAUGUCAGAAAGUGAAGCGAAUGAAGAAUUCAAUUUGGAAAAAGACUCAAAUGUAAAUACUGAAAUUAUGUUCACAUCGGUUACUGGUAAUGAUAAUAAAGAUGAAGAUGUUGUUAUGCAGGAGCAAGAGCCUAUAUUAGUACUAAAACAGCAUAGUGAUGUAGAAAACAAUGAUAAAAUUUUUAAUUGUGUUCAAACUGAAUCAGAGGGCAAUAAAAAUAUUGACAAUAAUGCUUUAACAAUAGAUAAUAGUGAAAAUUUAAGUCCUGAAAAUGAAAAAGAAAACGAAAAAAUUUGUGCACAAAUUAUUAGUGACAAUACAAUAAAUCAUGAAGAAAGUGUUAUUGAAAGUAUGGAUAUAGAUGAAAAUAUUGCUGAUAUUGCCAAUGAAGAUAAUGAAGGUUUAGAAAGUGGACUUACUAGUAAUGAAUCAAAUAAUAGUGUUACUCAGGAGGAAUUGGAAAUAAAAAAUCAUGAUUUAAAUCAGCAUGGAUUUAUAAAUAAUCAAGAGAGUGCAGAGCCUAAAAUCAUGUGUUCAGAGGAAAAUGAAAGUUUUUGUGAACCUGAUAAAGAAGGAUUGGAAGAAAACACUGAAAUUACUGAAACUACUGAAAUAAAUAGCUGUACUAUAAAUGGGACACAAUUAGAAGUUAAUAAAACAGACAACCAUGACAUACUGCAAAUUGGCCAUGUCAAUGGCAGUCUUGAUGAAGGAAAUGAUUCUGAAAAUAAUGAAGAAGAUGAACCUGUAGCAAAAUAUAUGAGUUCAAUAGCUGAGAUAAAUGGCCUCAAUUGUUCAGAAUUCUUGAAAUAUGUCGAACAGAAACAAGAUUCAGUGAUUGAUGAACAUCCUGAACUAUCACCUGAAGAAAUCACAACUUAUCUAUAUAAGACAUGGCAGUAUGAAGAAAGUUUGAAAACAGACAGAAAGAAAUUGGAUGAUAUCGAACAAUCCAACUUGGUGAAGGGCCUUAGAACAAGUUCCCCUUCUGGGAAAAAAGGCCGUAAAAAAGUAUUGCGUUUAAAAUCUCAUAAAAUCAAGCAAACUUUGAUUAAUUUUCAGGCUGUAUCGAAAAGCAAUAAUACUGUAAUCGGAGAUGACAAGCUCAUCAAAGAAAAAAAUACAGUUUCUAAUGAAAAUGUAAUGGAAAAUGAACCAGAUACAGUUUUAAAUAAUGGAAGUGAAUUUGAAUGCAAUAUAGAAACUCAAUUGGAUUCUGAAAAAACAAGUAAUGAAACUACAAAUAAAACUAUCUCGACAAAUGGAGAUAGUAAAAAUUAUGACACUUUGAGUAAAGACAAUGAGGCGAUUUCAAAAGUUUGUGAUGUUAACCUAGCAUCAGGUAGUGAAGACUUAAAUAGGGAAACAUUAUCUGAAGAUGAAAUGUCUGAGCAAGUAAUGGAUGAAAAUUUAAAAGAAAUUAAUCAAACAAUAACCAACAAAAUUAAUGGCAAUGACAUAUAUAAAACUGAAUCGGACAGCGACUGUGAUACUAGUGAACCUGCAUGUAGCAUUGUUUCAACAUUAUCAAGUGAGAAAAUUCAAAAGAAAAAUUCAUAUAGAGAUGAUUUAGAAGGUGCAGAAUCAGCGAGCGACUGUGAAAUGAGCGAAGCAGCUUGUAGCACUAUUACCGCCGUCUCAAGUGAAGAAAUUCAAAAUAACGAAGAUGUGUUAAAGAGAGAUGCCGAUACUGUAUCCAUUAAAUCUGAAACUAGUGAAGUAUCAAUAUCUAAAAGAAAGUUACGUACCAAAGAAAAGAUAAUAGACGCCAAGACAUGUAUGGAUAAUCCAGAAUUUUUGAAGUACUUAGAAUUACGACAGGAUGCACUUAUGGAUGAAAACCCUGAGCUGACACAAGAAGAAAUAACAAACUAUUUAUAUAACACGUGGCUAUAUGAAGAGAGUAUGAAAACGGACAUUAAAAAGACUGAUGACAUUGACCAAGCUAAUUUAGUGAAAGGUCUGAACCAAGAACCUGCACCUGUGAAAAGAGUUCGAAAGAAGAAAGAAAAAGAAUAUCCUAAUUACAGUGCUAGUACAACUGAAGAUAUUAUCCCAAAAGACAAAUCUAAAAGAAGAACAGAGAGGCCGUUUUACAAAGAAGACUUUUCAGAUUAUGAAGAUGAUAUUGAAUUAUUUGACAUUUUUAAAACAAAACCUAAAAAUAACUUAAAAGUGGAAGAGCCUAAAGUAUCUUCGAGUUCUAAUCUAGUUAAUGGAGAUUUGGACGAAAACCCAGCAGAUAAUUUUGAUACUGAAGAUGUUCUGAACGAAGAAGCAGACCAAUUUGACCAAGUAGAGGAAUAUUUUAGACAAUUGACUCAGCCAAAACCAAAUUUAUUUAAAGGUUUAAUCAGAGAAAGGGUGUGCGAAGUAUGUGAAAGAACUGGAAAUCUAGUUAAAUGCAAAGGCUGUUGUGGCACGUUCCAUGCCGAUUGUGUGAAAAAAGUUGUCGAAAUAAUCGAGUCGCCCCAACCUAGCAGAGGUAGAAAGAAAAAACGUAAAAAUCGAGGCAGAAAACCGAAAGGUCUAGAUGAUUCUAACGACGACCACAGUGACGAUAAAUCUCAGGAUCACAACAAUUCGGAUGAAAUGCUAGACAACGAGCUGGAUUCCCACACAAUAACGAACGCGGAUGAAUUCGAAGCGAAAUUGUCAGCAAAAUUAAAAGAAAUGCUCGAAAACCCAGAUACCAGAUACGAUUCCAACUCUAGCGACGAAGAACUCAGCUGGAGCGAUACAGACGUCGGCAAAUGUAAAGUUGUCGACAUAAUUCCUCGCAAGAAGAAGGCUGAAGUUUCGAAUUACGACGAUUUCAAGUGUAGAAACUGCGAACAGUACAGCACUCCAGUAUGUUUCGUGUGUAAAAGCGAUGUAUCUCCGAAACAGAAAGUCGAAAAGAGGCAGAAAUGCCAAGUAGCGCACUGCAAUCAAUAUUAUCACUUGGAGUGCUUAGAGCAUUGGCCACAAACACAGUUUAAUUCUGGGGAGCCGUCUCGCAAUAGCAAGAAGUUGAAUGAUUAUUCUGAGGCGUUAUCCUGUCCUCGGCACGUGUGCCAUACGUGUGUGUGCGAUGAUCCCAGGGGGUGUAAGACCAGGUUUUGUGGAGACAAACUGGCCAGGUGUGUCCGGUGUCCAGCUACAUAUCAUACAUUCACCAAGUGCCUCCCAGCUGGUACGCAGAUAUUGACCGGUUCGCAUAUUAUUUGUCCGAGGCAUUAUGAGCAUAGGCCCGGCAAAGUACCCUGUCACGUGAACACGGGCUGGUGUUUUAUAUGUGCUUUGGGCGGUUCACUGAUUUGCUGCGAAUAUUGUCCCACUUCGUUUCAUGCUGAGUGCCUUAAUAUAAAACCUCCGGAGGGUGGUUACAUGUGUGAGGACUGUGAGACCGGUUGCCUGCCGCUGUAUGGUGAAAUGGUGUGGGUCAAAUUGGGUCACUAUAGAUGGUGGCCGGGUCUCAUCCUGCACCCAUCGGAGAUACCAGAGAACAUACAAGCCGUGAAGCAUUACGCCGGCGAGUUUGUGGUCAGGUUCUUUGGCCAGUACGACCACUACUGGGUGAACAGAGGCCGGGUGUUCCCGUUCCAAGAGGGUGACAGUGGCAAAAUAUCAAGUAAGAAUUCAAAGAUAGACGCCGCGUUCGCGAUGGCGGUGGAGCACGCACAACGGGCGUAUGAGAUUAUAAAGAACUCAUCGCCGUCCAAUGAGGGCGACUCGGACAUAGCGUCUUCCCUCCUGCCCCCGCACUACGUCAAGCUGAAGGUCAACAGGCCGCUGGGGUCGCUGGCCAAUAGACGCAACGACGAGGAGGGUUCACUGACCGCUUGCGAGUGUGACCCCAACCUGAGCCAGCCCUGCGGACCCUAUUCGCAUUGUCUCAAUAGGAUGCUGCUAACCGAGUGCGGGCCGACCUGCCGCGCGGGCGAGCGCUGCAACAACAGGGCGUUCGAGAAGCGCCUGUACCCGCGCCUGGAGCCCUACCGCACGCCCGCGCGCGGCUGGGGGCUGCGCACCCUCGAGGACAUCAAGGCUGGGCAAUUUGUGAUAGAGUACGUGGGAGAGCUGAUUGACGAAGAGGAGUUCCAGCGGCGCAUGCGGCGGAAGCACGAGGUUCGGGACGAGAACUACUAUUUUCUCACUCUGGACAAGGAGAGGAUGAUCGACGCGGGGCCGAAGGGCAAUUUGGCUCGGUUUAUGAACCACUCGUGCGACCCCAACUGCGAGACGCAGAAGUGGACGGUGCUCGGCGACGUGAGGGUCGGCUUGUUCGCUCUGUACGACAUACCGGCUAACAGCGAAUUAACCUUCAACUAUAACCUCGAGAGCGCGGGCAUCGAAAAGAAGAGAUGUAUGUGCGGCACGAAGCGGUGCUCCGGCUUCAUGGGGGCGAAGCCUAAACAGGAUGAAUCUCAAGCCAAGAAAAAGGCCGCGAAACGCACGUACAAAAAACGGAAACCCAUAGAGCUAUCGCCCUCAACCAGCCAAAACAAGACGAAGCGGGGUAGACCGAAAAAUCGAGAACUCACCGAGAUAGAAAAAGAUCUACUCAUCAUAAAAAGCGCCACCAACGGCAUGUCUAGCGACUCGGAGAGUAGCGGUAGACUGAACAGCAUAGACAGUAUGAAUUCACUCAAAAGAAAGAGGUUAAAUUGUGACGAUGCACCCAGUGAUAUAACUUCACCAACGACGAAGCGAACGAAACAUGAUCACAGGAAUUAUGACGUCGAUUGAUAGAAUUCAAAUUUGGAAUCCUCGAAUCUCAAGACAAUCAAUCGCAAACUUAAAUUUCGAAUUUUCGAAUGCGAUUUAUAA